AUGGCCAUGAACAAGGGCCCAACCCUGCUGGACGGAGACCUCCCUGAGCAGGAGAAUGUGCUCCACAGAGUCCUGCAACUGCCUGUGGUGAGCGGCACCUGUGAGUGCUUCCAGAAGACCUACAACAGCACCAAAGAGGCCCACCCCCUGGUGGCCUCUGUGUGCAAUGCCUACGAGAAAGGUGUACAGGGUGCCAGCAAUCUGGCUGCCUGGAGCAUGGAGCCCGUGGUCCGCCGGCUGUCCACCCAGUUCACAGCUGCCAAUGAGUUGGCCUGCAGAGGCCUGGACCACCUGGAGGAAAAGAUUCCGGCCCUUCAAUACCCUCCAGAAAAGAUUGCCUCUGAACUGAAAGGCACCAUCUCUACCCGCCUUCGGAGCGCCAGGAACAGCAUCAGUGUGCCCAUCGCAAGUACUUCUGACAAGGUCCUGGCCAGCUGCGAGCUUGCCUUGGGGAUGGCUAAAGAGACAGCAGAAUAUGCUGCCAACACCCGAGUUGGCCGCCUGGCCUCUGGAGGGGCUGAUCUGGCUCUGGGCAGCAUUGAGAAGGUGGUAGAGUUCCUCCUGCCACCAUCCAAGGAGGAGUCAGCCCCUGGUUCUGGACGGCAGCGGGCCCAGAAGGCUCCCAAGGUCAAACCGAGCCUCGCGAGGAGGGUCAGCAACCUGGCCAACACUCUUUCUCGACACACCAUGCAGACCACUGCUUGGGCCCUGAAGCAGGGCCACUCUCUGGCCAUGUGGAUCCCGGGUGUGGCACCCUUGAGCAGCCUGGCCCAGUGGGGUGCAUCGGCGGCCAUGCAGGUGGUGUCCCGACGGCAGAGUGAGGUGCGGGUGCCCUGGCUGCACAACUUAGCCGCCUCCCAGGAUGAAAGCCACGACGACCAGACGGACACGGAGGGGGAGGAGAAGGACGACGAGGAGGAAGAAGAGGGAUCAGAGGCCGAAGAGAGCGUGCUCAGAGAGGUAACAGCCCUGCCCACCCCGAGAGGCCUCCUGGGUGGCGUGGUGCACACCAUGCAGAAGACUCUCCGGAGCACCAUCUCAGCGGUGACGUGGGCACCUGCAGCUGUGCUGGGCACGGUGGGAAGGAUCCUGCACCUCACCCCAGCCCAGGCUGUCUCCUCCACCAAAGGGAGGGCCAUGUCCCUCUCCGACGCCCUGAAGGGUGUCACUGAUAACGUGGUAGACACUGUGGUACACUAUGUGCCGCUUCCCAGGCUGUCCCUGAUGGAGCCGGAGAGCGAAUUCAGAGACAUCGAUAACCCGCCGGCAGAGGCCGAGCGCAAGGGGUCCGGAGCGCGGCCCGCCAGUCCGGAGUCCGCGCAGCGUCCCGGCCAGCCCCGCGGCAGCUUGCGCAGCGCGCGGGGGCUCAGCAUGCCCUCCUGUCCCAGUCUGGAAGACAAGGCGGAGACUUCGGGGCGUCCCGGAUUCCUGGCCAUGCCCCGGGAGAAGCCUGCACGCCGAGUCAGCGACAGCUUCUUCCGGCCCAGCGUCAUGGAGCCCAUCCUGGGUCGCGCACAGUACAACCAGCUGCGCAAAAAGAGCUGA